AUGCCCCAUAUCAUCAUAGUCGGGGCGGGUGUUGUGGGAUUGAUUUUGGGACAAGCGCUGAAACUGCAAGGUAUUCCAUUCACGAUUUUGGAACGAGAUAAAUCCGCAGACGGACGUGAACAGGGAUGGGCAAUCACGCUACACUGGGCUCUACCGCUCCUUGAGGAGAUGCUCUCACCGGAACUGAUUACUCGGAUAAAGGAGUGCCGAGUCAACCCAGAAGUCGCUGGAAACGAUGCUCGAGACUUCAAGUUGAUCAACCUGAGAGAUUGCAGCGAGAUCUUCAAUACCGCCUCUGGGGAGCGAUGGCGGGUCAACCGAGGCAGAUUCCGCUUGGCACUCAUGGAUGGCUUGGAAAGCAAUAUCCAGUGGGAUCAGCAUGUCAAAAGCGUCCAGUACCAUGAUGGUUUCGCCAGAGUCCAAUGCGCAAAAGGAAUAUUCCAUGACGCCGAUGUUAUCAUCGGCGCUGACGGGAGUAACUCAGCCAUCAGAAGAUUCUUGUGUCCUGAAAAGCACGAAGUGACUCCACUUCCAUAUCGCAUGCUUGGAGUUGGUACUCAGCUCACAGAGAGGCAAGUCGCCCCCCUUCGUUCCAUCGAUAAGCUUCUGUUUCAAGGGAGCGAACCGGGUACAGGCACCUUUCUGUACUACUCGCUCCUCAAGCCUUCGACGAAGGAAGAUUCAACCUGUACUGUUCAGAUUAACAUCAGCUGGCCGAAGCGUCUAAAUGAGGAUAAGGUGUUUCCCGACAACGCUUCGAGACUUGCAGCCUUCAAAUCCCGAGCUCGUGACUUCGCGCCUUGUCUGAAGCACGUAAUUGACGAUAUCGCCGAGGGCACACCCGUUCUAGAGAUACUUUUGGCAGAUUGGGAACCUGUGCCUUGGACCAACUCAGGAUACGUAACUCUGGCUGGAGACGCCGCUCACCCAAUGACAAUGUUUCGAGGAGAAGCUGCGAAUCACGGUAUUCUGGAUGCUCAUGAUCUCUGGAAAACCCUCAAGCUUGUGUAUCGGAAUGGCGGCAACAUGCGAGACGCCAUACGAGGCUACGGGGAAAGAAUGAUGACACGAGCUACAGAUGCAAUUAGGAAGAGUAGGGUCGCAUGUGAAGAUGCGCAUGGAGAUUCUAUGGAUGAGAAUAGCCCGCUGGUGACUGAAAGGACGAUGCCACAGCAAUAUGUCUGA